GUGACAUAUUGCGAAACAAAAUGGUGUUUUCAGACAAGCAACUUUUUGAAAAGGUGGUCGAGAUACUUAAGCCACUUGAUCUUUCUGUGGUUGACUAUGAGGAGAUUUGUGAUAGGAUGGGAGAGUCAAUGCGUCUAGGUUUACAGAAGAGUACAAAUGAAAAAUCAUCUAUUAAAAUGUUUCCAUCUUAUGUUACAAGAACACCAAAUGGGACAGAAACUGGAAGUUUCUUAGCUUUAGAUCUCGGUGGAACAAACUAUCGAGUGCUUUCAGUAACUCUUGAAGGCAAAGGAAAAUCUCCAACAAUUCAAGAGAGAACGUACUGUAUUCCUGCAGAAAAAAUGUCGGGUUCUGGAACGGAGCUCUUUAAAUAUAUUGCUGAGACACUGGCUGACUUUCUGGAAAACAACGGAAUGAAGGACAAAAAGUUCGACCUCGGAUUCACAUUCUCUUUUCCAUGUGUCCAGAAAGGCCUCACUCAUGCUACUUUGGUGCGAUGGACAAAAGGUUUCUCUGCAGAUGGGGUAGAAGGUCAUAAUGUUGCUGAAUUGCUGCAAAAUGAGCUAGAUAAAAGAGGAUUAAAUGUGAAAUGUGUUGCAGUUGUAAACGAUACAGUUGGUACACUUGCGUCUUGUGCUCUUGAGGACUCAAAAUGUGCCGUCGGAUUAAUAGUUGGGACGGGAACAAACGUUGCUUACAUUGAGGACUCUUCGAAAGUCGAGUUGAUGAAUGACGUGAAAGAACCCGAAGUCGUUAUAAACACAGAGUGGGGUGCAUUCGGCGAGAAAGGAGAAUUGGACUGUUGGAGAACACAGUUUGACAAAACAAUGGAUAUAGACAGUCUUCACCCAGGAAAACAACUAUAUGAAAAAAUGGUAUCUGGGAUGUACCUUGGUGAGUUAGUUCGCCACAUCCUUGUGUACCUUGUUGAACAAAAAAUUCUCUUUCGUGGAGAACUCCCUGAACGUUUGAAAGUACGCAAUUCUCUGCUGACCAGAUACUUAACAGAUGUUGAAAGAGAUCCUGCUCACCUUUUAUACAAUACUCACUAUAUGCUUACUGAUGACUUGCGUGUCCCUGUUGUUGAGCCGAUAGAUAACCGCAUAGUACGAUAUGCCUGUGAAAUGGUUGUUAAACGGGCGGCUUAUCUAGCAGGCGCAGGUGAGUCCAUCUAUUUUCAUUGUAUGAACUUUUACGCGUAGAUUGGCAUAUUUUUCAAUAGAAUACUACAAAUAUUUUAGUACAUUGAACAUUUAAUAACUGGGUUCUCGUUCAUCUAUUUUCAGGUAUUGCUUGCAUUCUUCGGAGAAUAAACCGCUCAGAAGUAACUAUUGGCGUUGAUGGCUCUUUAUAUAAAUUCCAUCCGAAGUUUUGUGAACGAAUGACAGAUAUGGUUGAUAAAUUAAAGCCAAAGAAUACACGAUUCUGUCUACGUUUAUCUGAAGAUGGAAGUGGAAAAGGAGCGGCAGCCAUAGCAGCGUCAUGUUCACGACAAAACUAAAAAACUGCACACACAAGAAACUAUUGUUUAUAUUCAGUUCUUUCAUCUGUUUUGUUGGCUUGAUGAAAUUCUCCGAUAAUUCAGAAACUGGCCCGCUUUAUUUAGUUUCUUGGCUAUGAUUAUCUUACUAUACUUUGAAACAUAUAAUUUUAAUGCUGAAGGAAACAUCAUCAUGAAAUUGAAGGAUCAAAUAUAAAUCGACUUUUUUCUUAUUAGAUCACAUCAUACAGUAGUUCAAAAACUUAGUUCUUAACACACGGCAUUUUUCUGUAACUUCCUAUAACUUCUGUUAUCUGGUUUUCUAUCAUUAAAGUAUAUAUAAAUAUAUAUAAUUUUUCAUGAGAAUUUCUAGUCAGUCAAUGACAUUAAAGUCACAGUAUUUUAUAGAUUAUAUAAUUCUAUUUGGCUUUGUUAUUUAAAAGUCAAUGAAACUAUAUACCUUAAAAAACGUUUUCUGUACCAGCUAUUAUAUGCAAUACAUGAAGAAUUACUAUUUAUUGCUAUUAUUAUACAAAUAUUUUUUUUUGAAUUUGCAAUUGUAGAGCAAAAUAAACGAAUUUUUAGUUGUAAAAUAAAGCAAAUAUUCUAAUUCUUCGCUAUUGUUUUUACUUUUUUAUGUUUCAUGAAAAAAAAAGAAGAAGAAAACCCUUAUAUCUUUUAGUUUUCACUAAUAUUACUAUUAUUUUUUAAUCAUUAUUCUUAAUAUUCCGAUUAUUGUACACGUAUAUUUAAAAAACAAAACAUUUUAGCCAGAAUGUAAACAAUCAGAUUUAGUGUAUUUCGUUCCAGGACAUUGUGAUAAAUUUGUUUAACUAUUUAUUUUCUUGUGUGUGUGUGCGUUUAUUUGUGAUCGGUUAAUUGAACAUAUCUAUGGUAAACAAAAGUGAGGAAAGAAUGAUCUCCUGUCGUAAAUUGCAACAUAAUUUGAAUUUGGAAAAAAAAUGAUAGAUAUAUAAACAUUUGUAUUUAUGGGCCAAAUAUAUCUCACUAUUUUAUGCC